ACGGAUAUUGUUUCCGCGGCCUCGCGUUUGACCCUCAUCCGUAACGUUCAGCUGGGCCCUCGACCCUCUCUCCUUUUCAGCAAAACGUACGGGAACGUCUUGGUCCUCGACGGAGUCAUCCAGUGCACCGAGAGAGAUGAGUUUUCAUACCAGGAAAUGAUUGCCAACCUCCCUCUGUGCAGCCACCCAAAUCCUCAGAAGAUUUUAAUUAUCGGUGGUGGUGACGGAGGAGUCUUAAGAGAAGUGGUGAAGCAUCCUUCGGUUGAGUCUGUAAUACAGUGUGAAAUUGAUGAGGAUGUGAUCCAGGCCUCUAAGAAAUACCUCCCGGGCAUGGCCGUGGGCUACUCCAGCCCGAAGCUGACCCUCCACGUUGGGGAUGGCUUUGAAUUCAUGAAGCAGAAUCAGGAGGCUUUUGAUGUGAUCAUCACCGAUUCCUCUGACCCCAUGGGUCCUGCCGAAAGCCUGUUUAAGGAAUCCUAUUACCAGCUGAUGGAAACUGCUCUGCGGGAAGAUGGGAUUCUCUGCUGCCAAGGUGAAUGCCAGUGGUUGCACCUUGACCUCAUUAAGGAGAUGCGCCAGUUCUGCAAAUCUCUCUUUCCGGUGGUUGAGUACGCCUACUGUACCAUCCCGACAUAUCCCAGUGGCCAGAUCGGCUUUAUGCUUUGCAGCAAAAAUCGAAACACUAACUUCAGGGAACCAAUUCAACUACUUUCCCAAGAACAAGUGGAAGAAAUGAGCCUUAAGUAUUACAACUCAGACAUCCACCGAGCAGCUUUUGUCUUGCCAGAAUUUGCACGAAAGGCACUGAGUACCGUGUAAAGAUGCCACCAGACGUCUUGGCCUCUUUCCUCGAGCUUCCCGGGGGUCUUGAAGUGGCACCACGUAGCAGAUUUCCUCCGGCGAUGGCUCGGCCACUCCUCUCUGCAGCCCAGGCGCCGUCUCUGCCAGCUGAACGUUCCUUCCUGUUAUGUAUUUAAAGAAAAGGACUUGGUGUUUGGCCCCUGGCAAGAAUCCAGACCAUCCGCUCAGGCCUUGGUUGCUGGCUCUGCUGUUGGGGCGGCUGUUUCCGGAACUGAGUAUUAACCCAGCCGCCUUUUUAACGGCCCCGACUCCUCCUCGUGGCUCUGUAUUUAUAGCUAACAAAUAUAUUCCCCCCCCUCCCGCUGCUCUUUUUCUGAUGCUCCACGCUGUGACUCAGCAGAGGGGCUAGUUUGGCAGACCCCCACCCACCCCUUCGCCUAACGGUUUGAUGUUUUCAAAAGCAAACACCCAUUUUCCAUCCUUUUUCCUAUUUUCCUGUGUUCGUCUUCCAUAGGAGAAGCAGACCCUUCUGUUUCACUGGUUUGGGUACUUCCCCCCUUCUAUCCCAGAAUGCCCCGCCUUCCUGCCCUCGAUUUGGACUCUGCUCUCAGUCAUGACUUUUUAGUUGGGCUGGGCACCUGCCAGCUGGAAAAGCUGCUUUGCCUGCCUGCAUCAGAGAGAAGAGGGAGGAGGUGUUUAAGCUCCCUCCAUUUGUACCGCUGGAAAUGUCGGUAUAAUCGGAGAUCUCCCAGCCGACAGCAAGUCUGGGCCUUUGCCACGUCACUCCCAAACUGCUUUUGUAAUCAUGUGUCUUCGCUAAGGAGGGGCAGAAGCAGCCUAGAAAUGAGUUAUUGUCUCUCCCAAAAACAUUCUGUACACACGAGAACUCUCCACCUUUUAACAAGACACCUUGGAGCAUUUUACAGGCGAUUCGCAAAAUGCAGUAUACCUUUCCUUGAGCUGGCUCUUCUUUGGGAUGUCUUGGACUACAAGUGCCCAAAUUCCCAGCCUGAUGAUGAAGUGGGUGCCCGUAGACCCAGCUGUGCCCGUUUCCCCUUCAAGUACCAAGGCAGAUUCCAGUCCUCCUGGUUCCAAAUGAAGGGCCGAUGGCUGGGAAUUCUGGGGGCUGCGGUCCAUAAUAUCUGGAGGGCACCUGGGGAGGAAAGGUGAGCUCUGGGAGGCCCCUCACUUUCAGCCAGUCCCCACAUCACUAAUUCUGCCCUGUGGUGGGAAAACAGCGUGCCUAGGUAGUAGGCUGGGGGGGUAUGUGUGUGUACGAUUAUGUUUUCUUUUUAAAAAACGCCUGAGACUC